AUGACUGUAUGCGGCGAGUUUCACCUAAGCGAGGGCAUCCCAGGUUCUGUCACAGCCUUACAACAACACCGGUCUGCGGUCAGGCUUGGAAAAACCGACCUCCCAUCGCUCCUCCCAGCGUCAAGACGGACGGAGGAUGACGAUCUAGAAUGCCUCGCCGCGACACACCAGCCGACCGGAAUUCUGGAAUGGGUGAACGAGGAGCUUAAUGUCGACCGACUAAAAGAUAUCCACGAUUGGCUAUGGAUCGUAGGUCGGCCUAUGCCACCGCGAUCGCUUCAUUACCAGCGCCUCCUUAACCGAGAGGUUAUAAUCAUGGAGAAGCUGGAUAUGCACCUCGUGUGGAUAAACGGACGUAUCUUUAUCAAGCCUCUGCCACGCUAUCUCCUUGAGCAGAGCUUUUGGGGAAAAUACCUUUGUUCGCACGAGGUGCCUCUUACGAGCAUAGUACACGACCGUGCUCUGGGGUUUCUCUUCUCGUAUGCAGUACUUAUAAUGCAUGAGAGCGACUUUCAUAUUGCGAAGGAGUUGCACCUUAUACCCGAAAAGGUGCAGUGGCCGGCGUGGAGGGUUAAACCGCUCUGCGGCUACACGUCUCGCUGGAACCAGUACGGCUCGUUCUUUUACGACAACUUUGUACUGCUGGCCAGCUCGACCGUCUAUAUUGCUGUCGUCCUGACGGCGAUGCAGGUCGGUCUUGCUACGGAGGCCCUCCAGGGUAAUAAAGCAUUCCAGUCGGCCUCGUACGGCUUCACCGUAUUCUCCAUAGUAGGGCCGCUGGCCGCUGCCGUUCUAGUCAUUGUGGUGUUCUGCUACCUGUUCAUUGGCAAUUGGGUUGCCACACGACACUACAGUAGGGAGAGGUUAAAGCGAAUCCAGGGUCGGUAAACCUGGCCUCGACUUCAUCAGCGGCUGGGUGGCCUCAACCAGUGAGGGGUCAAUACGGCUCGUUGGGUGACACGGUGAUGAGAAAGUCUUGUACAGCAGUCUGGAUCCAUGAGGCUUGCUUAUGCGUCACGUCGCUGUAAUUAGACCGACUUUACCUAGACCGGAAUGGUAAUACCGUCCUCGUCAAAGGCUACCCUCCAUCCGCAGGUGGGCAUCACUAUCACUGUGCCACGAC